AUGUCUGCCAAAACCUCUCCCGAAUCCCGGGGCCCCAGCCCGGGCCAAAUCUCCGGUUCCACCUCCGCCUCGAAUGGUAACGGCACACCCGUUCCCCCAAAGGAUAUGGAGAUGAAGACAUUGCGACCUGAUCCUCCUAAGGGUUCAAUUCCCCUAGGAGAGGAUGUAAUGCAGUUGGCUCGGAUGGGAGAGAUUGGCGCCAUGCAGAACUUAUUCACGGCGAAGAGGUUCACCGCAACUCACCGGGACGAGGAGGGGAUUACGCCGUUGCACUGGGCGGCAAUCAACAAUCAAUACGCGAUGUGCAAAUUCUUGAUCGAUUCCGGAGCCGACGUCAACGCUAAAGGAGGGGAAUCGGUGGCAACACCAGCCAUGUGGGCUGCGCAGCGAUGUCAUUAUUAUAUUGUGAACCUUCUGCUUCAGAAUGGAGGGGAUCCUCUCCUGACCGACGUCCAAGGAUACAACAUUCUACACCUUGCGACCAUCGAUGGCAACGCUUUCCUGGUCUUGCUGCUUCUGCACCAGGAGAUCCCUGUGGAUGUCGUUGAUCAGCAAGGGCACACCGGGCUGAUGUGGGCUGCGUAUAAGGGAUACCCUGCGUGUGUGGACUUGUUUCUCCGGUGGGGUGCCAAUGCAAACGCCGUGGAUGAAGGUGGCUUGACACCACUUCAUUGGGCGCUAGUCAAGGGCUCGAUGCCCUGUGUCCUGAAGUUGCUUGAAUAUGGCGCGGACCGGUUCGUGAAAACACGCGAUGGGAAGUCUCCUGCAACUGUAGCGCAGGAAAUGAACACCCUACGGAUCUGGUAUCGCUCGCUCAAUGAGCGUGGCUAUGAAGCUGAUGGCACCCAGAAAGUGGUGCCCCUAGGUCUCUCAAGCUUUGUGCGCAACAAGAACAUCAUGGCCAAGUUCUUCUUCCUCUGGCCUUUCUUAACCAUCUUGGUUGGAAUCUGGAUGCUCAGUAACCUGGCGAUUUUCAUUUCCGUGCCCCUCGUGUUAGUGACUGUCUUCGGGAUGCAGUAUGUUGCACAGCAACUUGCAAACAAGGGACCUUCAGAAUAUCAUGUUCUGCAUAAAACACCGUAUCUAGCUGGUGUCUUCGCGGGCUCGUUGUUCUGGGUUGGCUUCCGUUAUGCUUUCACGGUGCUUCCCGCAACUUACUCCUCGUCUCCGAUUCUGAACAUUUUCUUCGCAACCUUCUUCUGCUCGACUGCUUAUUUCUACAUUUAUGCCAUGGUCCAGGACCCAGGCUAUGUGCCGAAAGUGAGCAGCAGGAAUCAACAGAGAGAGAUCGUCAAGGAGCUGUUCGAGCAAUGGAAGUUUGACGAAGAAAACUUCUGCAUCCCUUGUUUGACCAGAAAGCCGAUCCGAAGCAAGCACUGUCGGCGCUGCGGACGCUGCGUUGCCAAGCAUGACCACCAUUGCCCGUGGAUUGAUAACUGUGUCGGAUCAAACAAUCUCCGCCAUUUUGUCCUUUAUAUAGUUUCCCUCGAAGUUGGUAUUAUUCUGUUUGUGCAGCUGAGUAUUGCUUAUAUUAACGCUUUACCCGCACCUACCGACGUCACGUGUAAUGUUAUCAACGAAAUGUUGUGUGAUUAUGCCUCUCGGGAUCCCUUCACUCUAGUCCUGAAUGUGUGGGCUAUCCUUCAGCUGGUCUGGGUCACGAUGCUAUGCGCGGUCCAGCUUGUUCAGAUAUCGCGUAAUCAGACGACCUACGAGAACAUGCGAGGUCAUCAUAUCGACCGGUCCUACCCGAGUUCUCAAGCGUUUGCAUCGGCCAUGACCGCCGGAACCACAUCCUUGGAGGCUGCUGGUCUUUCGGCUUCUGGACAAGGACCGAAUCCGGCCCUUCGUGGCCCUCCGGCACCUAGACGGAAGCAUGGCUGCCUCCAACAAUGGUCAUCUCUCCUGGGAAUCGAUGCCUUCUGGACGACAGCCAAGGACGGCCUUCGCGACGGACCCCAAGCGGCUCGCCCUCGCAACCCCUUCUCCCGCGGCGUCAUCACCAACUGCCGCGACUUCUGGUGCGACCCGGCUCCGCUCUUUGGCAAGCGCCAAACUGGCUUGGCAAUGCUCGGCGGCGAAGUGGUUAAUUAUCAUGAUAUGUACGAAACCCCGAUGCGCAUGCACACUGGGAGCCGGUCUGGCGAGGGAGCUGGCUACCGCAGCGUUGCUGGCGAGGAUCCCGAACGCAUGGUCUAA